AAGAGUUUCAUUUAUUAUAUUGCUGGUAAGUUGCAGUACAGUAAUAUUCUUGGUUUGCAAGAUUGCUCAAACCCUCCGCUAAAGAAUGGACGAAAUAGCCUCUGUAUCGAAAAAAGAUUUGGGAAUUGCAGAUUAUGUAUCGUUUGCUGCCUUGCUCUCGGUGUCUUGCAUCAUUGGAAUUUACUACGCUUAUCGAGAUAGAAGAAAUUCAACGACAAGUAAUUACUACUUUGGAGAUCGAAAAAUUAAUGCGAUCGCGGUUGGUCUCUCAAUUGCUGUGACGUUUCGUUCGUCUGUAACUGUUAUUGCCAGCCCCGCUGAGUCAUAUAUUACCGGAACGGCAGUUUUGUGGUCGGAUUUUGCUAUCGUGAUCAUAGCUUUUAUCACCAUGAUAUACUUUAUACCUGCCUUUCGUCGUAUGCAGCUGAACACUAUUUUUGAGUUUCUAGAACUUCGAUUCAGUCUGGUAUUGGCAAGAAUAGCCGCAUGCAUGUAUACUUUUGGUACAAUCUUUUACAUGGGAAGUGUUGUUUAUCUGCCUGCCGUUUCCCUGAAUGCGGUCACUUCAAUACCGUUGGAAUGGAGCAUCAUUUUAACUGGAGGAAUUUGUACUUUGUAUACUACUCUGGGUGGAAUGAAAGCAGUUAUAUGGAACGAUGUUUUCCAAUCCAUUAUAAUGAUUGCUGGAAUGUUUGCUGUGACAAUUCAAGGUUUGAUAACUAUAGGAGGAGUUGAUAAGAUGAUGGACGCACUAGAAAGAGGAGGACGUUACACUGCAAUGAAAUUUGAAUAUGGGAUUAUCAGUCGCGUGUCUCCAGCUGCAAUUCUUGUCGGCAAUUUCGUGAUGGCUAUGGAUGUCUUGUGCUUUUCACAAACAAUAAUACAAAGAUAUUUAUCUUGCAAAAGUACCAGACAAGCACAAUUUUCUCUGCUGGUAUAUCUUCUUCCGACUCUAUUGAUAACUUUGGCAACGUUCGUUAAUGGAUUUAUCAUGUAUACGUAUUAUGAGGGGUGCGAUCCAGUGUUGUCCGGAAAACUUCAAAAAAUAGACCAAGGAAUACCAUACUUGGCGAUGGAACUUUUUGAAAAUAUUCCAGGAAUGGCAGGAUUGUUCAUAUCAGCAAUAUUCAGUGCAAGUCUCAGCACGGUCUCUUCUUCAUUAAACUCUCUGUCCGUUGUUCUGCUCGAGGAUUUUUUUGUGAAAAGAUGGCCGAACAUGACGGAAUCUAUCAAAUUAUUGACUGGAAAAAUAUCUGUUGUCGUCAUUGGAACACUCGUAAUCAUCAAUGCAUUUGUAAUUUCUAUUGUAAGAUCAAACGCACUUGAGUUGGUUUAUGGAUUUACAGGAUUAAUAUACGGACCUUUGGUUGGAAUUUUUAUUCUAGGGUUUUUCUUCCCGUGGACGAAUAAAUAUGGAGCAGUUAUUGGUGUUUUUUCUGGGUAUGUCAUGCUCUCAUUCAUUUUUCUUGGAAAUCACAUUUGGAAUGAGAAUCCAUAUUCUGAAAAUGUUCCUCUUCGUACAAUAGACUCUUGUCCAACAAAUAAUGUUACUUCAGAAUUAUUUCUAAACACCACAACAUCAAUGCCAAAUAUGCUAUCUACAAACACUGAAGUGGAACACUCAGUUCUUCUGGAUAUUCUCAACAUCAAUUUCAACUUUUUAAUGUUUCUCGGUUGUUCAGUUGCUAUUGUUAUGGGAUUGCUGUUCUCAUUUCUAACAGGACACACACCAGGAUCUAAAGCAAAUCCGAUUUAUUUUAUUCCACUCGUCGACAACAAACGUCUACCUGUAAAAGUCAGGAAAUUUUUUCGCUUUGGAGUUCCAGAACUUCUACCGGUUGAAAAAAAGAUCUCAUCUAAGACGGAUAGCGUAGAAGAUGUCAACUACUCAAACAAAAUAUAGAAUAAUAUGGCAAUAUAGAGUUAUUAUCUAGAACUCUGCAACCUGCGACCUGCGGGCUAAAUGCGGCCCAUAAGGAAACAUUGUGCGGCUCGCAAAGAAGUGCCAAUUGGUCCCAAUGUGGUAUGUGCGAAUCAUUUCAAUUCCGAGCCCCAUUAAAUAUCUAUGUCUAUGACGUUACAAUACCUUUUUUGUGCGUGCAAUUAGCAAUUACUAGAAAGCCUAUGUUAAAUAAAGGUGCGGCUCACGGUUUCACCCAGGUAUUUGUAUCUGGCCUUCCUGUAUUGAAGCUUACACACCCUUGUCUAGAACAUAUGGAGUUACAUAACGUAUUGGUAUCAGCAGUUUUUGUAUUGCGUAAGAGGUGCUCAAGGUAUGCAUGUUUAUUUGUCCCGUGUAUUAAUUUAAUCAUAGAUAUACAGAAAUAAAAAUAAUAUAUUCGGAGACAAGAAGCGCUUUUGAGAUUAUUCAAGCCCAAACAACAGAACGACAUAAACCCUUGUGAGUGAAUAUCUAUAUAUCUAAUCAUAAUGGAUAAUAGUUUCCUCGAUUUAUGCAAUGCAUGAUCUACCAAAUUCAGUUAUCCAAUGAAUACCAAAGCAUGAGUUGUUUCGACAAAUUUUGAAUAAAAUGAAGAAAGAUUGUAACAUAUCAAUAAUAUUUUAGAUGUUAUUAGCUGCAUCUUAUCCAGAAGUCAUUUGAGUCUAUGGUGUUUUACUCUUAAUAAUAGAUAAUACACGACGUCACGACGAGCUUAUCAUUUGUACAGUAGUUUGUGCGCUUAACAAAAGUUCA